GUUCUAGUAAUCAGACAGUGAGCUAGGGAGCGAGAGGAGAAAACACCGGCUCUCAGGAUGACGGAGAACUUACCAGGGAUCAGGGAGACUCUGUGCACAGACAGGAAUGGCCAGGAAAAACUUCAGAUUCCAGUGAAGAUUAGAAAUGCUCUGAAGGAACCAACGUUCAAUGUGUGGGAUAUACAAAAUGAAGAGAUGCUGACGCUCCUGGAACACAUGUUCUAUGAUCUGGAAUUGGUGACACGUUUCAGGAUAGACGCUGUAACUCUUCAAAAAUUUUUGCGUUGUCUUCAGAGUCACUACAGAAAGAAUCCGUUCCACAACUUCAGACACGCGUUCUGCGUCACCCAGAUGAUGUAUAGCGUCGUGUCCCAGUGCAACCUGCAG